CACCAAAAAACAACCUUUUGCAUUAAGUAAUCCCAUCAAAUCUCUCUCAUUCACUAUGGUGGAUUGCCACAUUCUCCUUUUAACUUUUCCGGCGCAAGGCGCCAUCAAUCCGUCAAUCCAAUUAGCCAAGAACCUCAUACGAAUGGGUGUUAAGGUCACCAUUAUCACAACACUCUCUGCUCACAGUCGCAUGACCAAAUCCAACAGCACAAUUCCAAAAGGUUUAUCCAUAUCUGCCUUCUCCAAUGGCUAUGAUGAUGGGUUCAAAGAAGGGGACAACUACGAACACUUCAUGUCCGAGCUCAGAAUUCGCGGUUCCAGGGCCAUAGCGGAACUCAUCAAGGCCAGUGCAGAAGAAAGCUACCCAAUAACUUAUUUGGUCUACACUACGGCUCAACCAUGGGUUGCUGAAGUUGCUCAUGGCCAUCAUAUCCCAUCCGCAGUUCUAUGGACUCAACCAGCUACAGUUUUUGAUAUCUUCCACUAUUACUUCAAUGGCUAUGGUGACACCAAUAGAAAAAUUGUCAAUGACCCUUCAAGCUCCAUUCAGUUGCCGGGUUUGCCAUUGCUCAAUAGCCGUGACCUUCCCUCCAUUCUAGUCCCUCCACACUCAGAAAAAUACAGAUGGGCAUUCCUAUCGAUGAAAGAGCAGUUAGACCUGAUUAGUACCGAAACCAACCCAAAAAUACUGGUUAACACAUUCGAUGCAAUAGAGCCGGAGGCCUUAAGAGCUAUGAAAAAGCAUAAUUUGAUCCCAAUAGGACCAUUAAUAGCCCCUUCUGAUGCUUCCUUUAAUGGUGACCUCUUUAAAAAAUCACAUGGUUAUGUUGAAUGGUUAAAUUCGAAGCCCAUAUCAUCUGUUGUUUACGUAUCAUUUGGAAGCAUAGCUGUGUUGUCGAAGCAACAAAUGGAGGCGAUUGCACGCGGAUUGUUGGAAAGCCAUAGGCCAUUUAUGUGGGUGAUAAGAGCAAAAGUAAAUGGUGAGAGAGAGGAAGAUAAAUUGAGUUGCUUAGAAGAAUUGGGACAAGAAGGAUUGAUAGUGCCAUGGUGUUCUCAAGUGGAGGUUCUAUCACACCCGUCAGUGGGAUGUUUUUUGACUCACUGUGGGUGGAAUUCUUCGUUGGAGAGUUUGGUUUCCGGGGUUCCAGUGGUAGGGUUUCCUCAAUUGCUAGAUCAAAUGACGAAUGCAAAGCUUCUCCAAGAUGUAUGGAAGAUGGGGUUGAGAGUUGUGGCAAAUGAAGAAGGAAUAGUGGACAAUAAGGAGAUUAGUAGGUGUAUAGAAAUGGUAAUGGGAGGAGGAGAGAGGGAAAGAGAAAUGAGAGGAAAUGCGAAGAAAUGGAAGGAAUUGGCAUGGGAAGCUAUGAAGGAUGGUGGAUCAUUGGAUAUGAAUCUUAAGGCUUUUGUGGAUGCACUUGGAGAUGGUCAUUAGUAGCUAGGACUGAACUUUAUUCAUGAAUAUGAAAAUGGUGUAUGUGAAAGAAAUAAUAAUGAUGCUGGUUGUAACUCAGUCUAGCAUUUGGCAUGUCAA